AACGCAUGACGGAAGACAUAAGGCCGAAACUGCCAGCACAGCACAACGAAACAAAAAAUCCAGCUAUCCAGUCAAAACAUAUCUAAAAAUAGACAACCCUAACACAUAUCUGUCGCCGUGGUAAUGGGGGAUCGAGCUUACCCUUCGAGUGAUAGAUGACACAUGAUACUGAUGUCACACAUGUGACCCGUGAGAGAAGAUGAUGUUUAAAACAAGAUGGCGGACGAGUACCAUUUGUCUGUUGGCAGUGAUUACUGUUAUUGUCAUUAUAUUGAUGAACAUACUUGACCUUCGGUUCGGCCUACUGGACAAAGGUUUCACCGUCCAACAGAGCCCACCUCAAGUCUCGCAAGCAUCGGUCUUGGUCAUCCCGGAAGUUGAAGUGUAUACAUUCCAGGAAAUGACGUCAUGGACUCGUGAUUUAAACGUGUGUUCAUCCAUUGAUGAUCAGAUCUACCAUGGAGAUUUUUUCCGUGUUCCUUUAGAAUCUCAGGUUGGCAGUUUGUCCGUAUUUAUCCAUAAUCCAACCAAGGAUGGACUUUCCGGGAAAAUCUACAAGGAACGGAGAUGGGAGCCAAACAUCUUAAAUGUAAUAUUGUUGUUUCUCAGAACAGAUGAUGACACAAAUUUUAUAGAUAUCGGAGCAAAUAUUGGUUUGCAUGGUUUACAAAUCGCAAAGUACGGACGUAAAGUCUUAGCUUUGGAAGCUAGCUCACAUAAUGUCCAGCAUAUCUGUGCCUCGACGCACUACGGACGUUUCCAUGACUACGUUAAAAUUAUAUAUAAUGCUGCAGGAAAGGAUCACAGUAUAUCAAACAUAAUACUCGGAGGUGGUGGAGAUCUUACCGGAAAUUUUGUGAACAUAUCAAAUAUAAGAAAACAGAAAUUUAAAACGGAUGGUAGAUACUCCUACCAGGAAGGCUCUGUCUCAGUACCGACUGUCAUGCUUGAUGAUUUACUGACGUGGCAGCAUUUUGCAUUAUUCAAGAAAUCUUUCAUCAAAAUGGACGUUGAAGGCUCGGAGCAUCUCGUGAUGGAAGGGGCCAAACGGUUUAUGCAAAAUUCAGUGAUAAAGGGAAUUAUAAUGGAAUGGACUUGGCAUAAAGGUCAAAGUUCAGCUGAAACAAUACUUAAUAUUAUGAAGUCUUAUAAAUUCCAACCUUACGAUUUCUCAAACACCAAAAUCACCCGGAAGAAAUUCUUUUCACAAGACACUUUGACAAAGUUGUUUCAAAGUUUGAAUCCCAAUGAAUCAAAUUCUUGGCCUUCUAAUGUACUCUGGGCGCCAGCAUCGUAGUCUUAAAUGAGUGCAGUUAAGGGAGUUUUGUCUAUGGAUCUAGUUGUCUCUCUUACGUCAGAAAACAUCCUGAUAUUCAGGAAAACAUGAAUUCAUAAAAGAUUUAGGUCAAACCAAUGCUUAUUUAUUCAGGAGCAACUCGUUCUGUGUAACACGAAAUGCUCGCUGUGGAUAGACAUCCCCUAUUUUCGUGUUUGAUCAUAUUUUUAGUUGCUACUCCUGCUUAGCGCUCAGCAUAUUGGGAGUGGGACGACUGGUUCGCCCGUUGUCAGUAUAAUGUGACCGGGUGCGGUGUGCUGCUGGGU